UUGUUGGCGAAAUGUGUUUCCUGUUAAAUCAUCGUCGCCAAUCUGACCAACUAACUUAGUAAUUUUAGUAUACUAUAUAUAUUGCUAGGUAGCAUGGCAUCUAAAAGGAAGUCGGAAGACAAUUCAGUUGGCGACAAGGUGUCAUCCAAAAAGUCUGCUCCAUUUUGGAAGAAUGGUCUCAUGUCUUCGAUGCACGAUCCAGAAUUGCAGGUUUACAAGGACGAUAAAGUGAUUAUCAUCAAAGAUAAAUAUCCAAAGGCAAAAUACCAUUUUCUUGUGAUGCCGAAAGAAAACAUUGCAAACUUGAAAAGUCUUAAAAAAGAAAAUGUAGACCUGUUAGAACAUAUGCAUGAGAAAGGGAAAGAAACAGCAGAAAAAUCAGAUGCUGAAUUACAGUUUCGUCUAGGUUAUCAUGCAGUACCAAGCAUGAGCCAUCUUCAUUUACAUGUGAUAAGCCAGGAUUUUGAUAGUCCGUGCCUGAAGAAUAAAAAACACUGGAAUUCUUUCAACACAGAAUAUUUUGUGGACUCAGAAGAAAUUAUCAAAGAGCUUGAGCAGAAUGGGAAGGUUGUUAAGGAAGUUACGUCUUCACAGGAAUUGUUAAAGAAAAAUCUCAGAUGCCACGUGUGUAAGAAAGAAAUGACAACAAUUCCAGCCCUUAAAACACACAUCAAGCAACACAGUUACAAGAAAAGUUGACAGAAUAUUCUCAAUUUGAAAACCGGCAUCAUAGAAUCUACCUUAUUGUGCAACAGUUGAAUAUGAAACUAGUGGUGAUAAACAGAAAAUUGUCAUGCCACUAAUAGUAUACAGGAUACAAAUAACCUGUAUUUGUUAAUAUUUGUGAGGGUUUUCUUUUCAUGUUGAUAGACGUUUAAUUUUCUUUCAAAAAUAGCAUAAUGGAGUAGAACAUACUAGUAUUCCGAGUUUGUAUUUACAAAUUUGUUUAAUUGAUUGUGCUCAAUUUCAUCUCGGGAUUAAAAGAAGGAUGGUGGUUUUGCAGAAAAGAAUGAAAUUCCAGUUCUUCUUUGAAAUUCUACUUUUCAACAUUUCUGUCAAUUUAUGCUCUUAAAUGAUUGUGAAUCUAAGACGCAGGGUUCCACCUGAGCACUAGUAAUUUCUCAAGUCGUAGUAUUCUGAGUUUGUAUUCACAAUUUUGUUUAAUUGCUUGUACUCAAUUUCAUCUCGGGAUUAAAAGAAGGAUGACGGUUUUUGCAGAGAAGAAUAAAAUUCAAAUUUUUCUUUAACAACUUUUAAAAAAGACUUGUACUUUUCAACAUUUCUGUUGAUUUACAUUGUAUGCCCAUAACCUAUUCACUGCAUAACCUGUUCUAUUCAUUUUAUUGAAUAAAAAUGAUUUCCCUUCCCUUCGAUCUAAUUAAUGUAAGGAACUGUUUCGUGAAAGAAGUCUCGUAUAAAUAUUUCAAUAACAGAUUUGUACUCGUGUAUAUAUUAUAUUUGUUUAAUAUCAUCAGGACGGAUAAAGCAAUUAAGAAUUUAAUUGUUUUUAAAUUUUUCUAAUUCUCAUAUUAAGGUUAAUCGAUCCUCGUGUGAUGUCAUAGGUUUUUGCAAAAAUCUUUAUCAAAUUAAACUGCGCAUGAUAGAAAUAUAUCUUUCAGACGAAUUUUAUUCACUGCAUAAAAAAAAAAUUGGUAAACUAUUGAUAUUGAAAAAGUUUAUAUUUUCCAUAGAUAAUCAAUUCUUUAUAAUUAAAAAAAUAUUGUCAAGGGUAAUAACUCCUA